GCGCGAUUCCAGAAGGCAUUGCAAGAUGGCGUUCCCUGCGUCCAUCUGCCCUAGGAGCGCCAACGUGUGGGAUGCAAUUGGCUUCUCAACAUGCUUUGGAGAUAUGGUGUUUGGUUUCGGUGGGAAUAUAUUGGCCCUUUUGCUUAUGGCUGUUCUUAUUUUCUGGUGCGCCAAUCCAAAGGGCAAUCAGGUCGCAAGAACUUGUAUAUUGCACAAACAGAAGUGGUCUCUGCUUGGUUUAUGUUCUUUGGAAAUUUUUUUAUCUCUGUCUUGUAUGUUAUUUCUUUUGAAGCAAAACGCCGAGGGCCAAGCUGUCAUGUAUUGCCAAUGGCUUUACAACUGUUCUCAGACAAUUUCAUGGAUAGCUAUUGCAUUGAUCUUAAACUCUGGACUAUCCAACGUACUUUGCAAUAGAAUGCUGUGUUUCUGGUGCAUUGUGAAGCCUGUGAUGGAACUUCCUCAAUUUUAUGCUGCUAUAUGCUCAUCGGAGGUGCUGCAUGCUUUGGAGGAUGGCUGCUCUAUUCUGGCUGCAAUCAUAUUUGGCAUCAUUUUAAGCAUAACUACAAUUGGCAAUAGGCGAAGGAAUGCUGGAUUAUUAGGAGAGGCACUUAUUUCGUCAGAUGACUUGGAGGAAAAUAUUAAAAUUGACGGAGAUGUCAAGGGUCUGAGCUAUUGGCACCUCCUCACGUUCAGAUUUGUCAACCCAAUGAUCCAGUGCGGAUCAACAAAACAACUGGAAUUUGGGAAUUUACUUCAAUUGCCUAUUGAGAUGAACCCUUUUAUUUGUCAAGAUGUGUUAUGGCAAAGCUGGAUUUGUGAGCAGAGAAAGCAUUUUGCUCAUGCAUCACUAUUUAGGGCGAUUUGUUUGUCAUAUGGGUGGCUUUAUCUGAAAAUCGGUGUACUAAAGGUGCUGAAUGAUUCUGUUGGUUUCUUGGGACCACUGCUGCUAAAUAAAUUAAUUUGGUAUCUGCAAGAAGGUUCCAACAAGUUGGAUGGAUUUGCGUAUGCUUCCUUACUAGGUCUUUCAUUUGUCUCCAAGUCCUUUUUGGAUACUCAAUACUCCUUUCAACUGGCAAAACUGAGACUGAGGCUAAGAGCAAGCAUAAUGACCAUUGUCUAUAGAAAGUGCCUAACAAUGACUGUAAAUGAACGUUCAAACUUCUCUGAGGGGGAAAUUCAAACGCUUAUGUCUAUUGAUGCUGAUAGGACCGUGAACCUGUGCAACAGUUUUCACGAAUUGUGGAGCUUACCGGUGCAAAUCGGGGUCGCUCUAUUUCUUUUAUACACACAAGUCAAAGUUGCAUUUGUUUCUGGAAUUGCGAUAACCAUUUUGCUGAUACCAGUGAAUCGAUGGAUUUCUGGGUUAAUUGCAAAUGCAACAGAGAAAAUGAUGAAACAGAAAGAUGAAAGAAUCCGACGGGCUGGAGAGCUUUUGACACAUAUUAGAACCUUAAAGAUGUAUUCUUGGGAGCUCUUAUUUACUGACAGGCUGAUGGAAGUUAGAGAACUGGAAGUGAAACAUCUAUCAACUCGAAAGUAUCUAGAUGCCUGGUGUGUGUUCUUUUGGGCUACAACCCCAACACUCUUUUCGCUUUUUACCUUUGGUCUUUUCACUUUGCUGGGACAUCCACUUAAUGCUGCUACAGUGUUUACGUGUGUAGCAUUGUUUAACAUUUUAAUUUCUCCGCUAAAUUCGUUUCCUUGGGUGAUUAAUGGCAUAAUUGAUGCAGUAAUAUCCACUAGAAGGUUAACCAGAUUGCUCUGUUGUACCUCUGCCAUGCAUCAGCAAACGAUCCAGUCCUUUGGCCAUUUUGAAAGGGCAGUUAGAUCAUGUACUUAUCCCCAUGGAAAUCAACAAAACAAUAUCCAUGACAUUAUGGCAGUUGUGAUCAAUGAUGCUAAUUGUGUUUGGACAAACAAGAAAUCUACCAACAAGGCUAUAGUCUUGAAACAUAUAAACCUUGAAAUCCCUUGUGGUUUUCUCGUCGCUAUUGUGGGAGAGGUUGGUUCUGGGAAGUCAUCUUUGUUGAAUGCUAUUCUAGGAGAAAUGCAGCUUUUGCAUGGUUCAGUAUGCACUCAUGGGACAAUAGCUUAUGCUUCACAGGUUCCAUGGAUUCUAUCAGGAACUAUUCAGGACAAUAUCUUGUUUGGAAAACAAUACAUUGCACAAAGAUACAAUGAUGUAGUCUGUGCCUGUACUCUGGAUUUUGAUAUCCGUUUGAUGGUUGGAGGUGAUCAUGCACAUGUUGGUGAGAAGGGAGUAAAAUUAUCCGGAGGGCAGCGUGCACGCCUAGCACUUGCUAGGGCUAUUUAUCAUGGUGGUGACAUAUAUUUGCUUGAUGAUGUACUCAGUGCUGUUGACGCACAAGUAGCUAGCUGGAUAAUACAAAAUGCUAUCCUGGGUCCUCUGAUGAACCAGAAGACGCGCAUUUUAUGUACCCAUAAUCCCCAGAUUAUUUCAUCUGCCGACAUGGUUAUAGUUAUGGAUGGGGGGCGUGUCAAGUGGUCGGGAAGUUCACCUGAGUUCAAUCUUUCCUCAUUUGCAACUCAUUGUACCAACAGUAAUAUGCUUUCUCCUCAAAGUAUCAACCAGAAAACCUCCACAGGAGCUGCAGAAAGUACCAAACAAUUGUUGGGAUUGGAAAUCACAGCUGAAUCCUUAGAAGAUGUGAAUGAAACGGUUGGGGAAGAAGUCCGGAAAGUGGGUAAAGUUGAAUUUUCUGUGUACAAAAGUUAUGCCAAAUUCGCCAGCCUUCCAGUAGCUCUGGUUAUCUGUUUGUCUGCUUUUUUAAUGCAAGCAUCACGAAAUGGCAACGACUUUUGGCUGACCCAUUGGGUUGACACUUAUUCUUGGAGUCAUCAUUCAAAUCCAUCUGUGCAUUUUUACCUGUCUGUACUAUGCAUCUUUGCUGCUGUAAGUUCCUUGUUGACUUUGGUGAGGGCAUUUUCAUUUUCUUAUGGAGGUUUACGUGCUACUGUGCAGGUGCAUAAUAAGCUUUUGAAGAAGCUUAUUCAUGCACCUAUCUGUUUCUUUGAGCAAAAUCCAACAGGAAGAAUUAUUAACAGGUUCUCUUCCGAUCAGUAUGCAAUUGACGAUUCUCUUCCCUUUAUUCUCAAUAUUCUUUUAGCCAAUUUCUUCAGCCUACUGGGUGUUGCAAUAGUUCUGUCUUAUGUACAGAUCUUUUUUAUUUUUCUGCUCUUGCCAUUUUUCUGUAUAUACAGCAAAUUGCAGUUCUACUAUCGGUGUACAUCUCGUGAACUGCGAAGACUUGACAGUGUCUCCCGAUCCCCAAUAUAUGCAUCUUUUACAGAGACAUUGGAAGGGACACACACUAUUAGAGCAUUUUUGGCAGAGGAAAGAUUUAUGGCCCAGUUCAGUGAGCUGAUUAUGCUUUAUCAGAAAACUUCUUAUUCAGAGGUAGCUGCGAGUCUUUGGCUAUCAUUGCGCCUGCAGUUACUUGCAGCAUUUGUAAUAUCAUUCAUUGCCAUAAUGGCUGUUAUUGGUCAUUGUGGUCGUCUUCCUUUUGAUUUGGGCACUCCGGGACUGGUUGGUUUGGCCCUCUCUUAUGCUGCUCCAGUUGUAACUUUGUUAAGCGGUUUCCUUUCCAGUUUUACAGAAACGGAGAAGGAAAUGGUUUCUGUUGAGAGGAUACUUCAGUAUAUGGACGUCAUAGAGGAAGCCCAGGAUGGCAUGGUAAUGGCUGCAGAUUGGCCUAGGGAUGGACAUAUUGAAUUUCACAAAGUCACACUGAAAUACAUGCCAUCUUUGCCUCCAGCACUGCAGAACGUGUCUUUUUCUGUCCCUGCAGGAAAUCAGGUUGGAAUUGUUGGAAGAACUGGUGCUGGUAAAUCUAGUGUGCUGAAUGCUCUAUUUCGCCUUCAUCCUGUCUGUGAGGGGCGCAUCCUAGUGGAUGGUGUGGAUUUGGCUUCUCUUGCUGUUGGGAAGCUUCGGUCACAUCUUGCUGUUGUUCCACAGAGCCCAUUCUUGUUUGAAGGAACUCUAAGAGACAACUUGGAUCCUUCCAAGGUGGCAAAUGACUCAGAUAUAUGGAAUGCACUUGAGAAAUGCUAUAUUAAAGAGGAUAUAGAAGCUGCAGGAGGAUUGCACAUUCAGAUAAAGGAGGCUGGUGCCUCAUUUUCUCUUGGCCAAAGGCAGCUUAUUUGUCUGGCACGAGCACUUCUCAAAUCUUCUAAGGUUCUGUGCUUGGAUGAAUGCACAGCAAAUAUGGACUUUCAGACAGCAUCCAGAUUGCAGAAUACAAUAUCCAAUGAAUGCAAGGGCAUUACGAUUCUUACUAUAGCUCACCGAAUUUCAACCAUUUUAAACGUGGAUAAAGUUUUGAUUUUCGACCAAGGAAUACUGGUUGAACAGGGAAAUCCGCAAUUCUUGCUGCAAGAUGAAUUCUCCAGAUUUUCUUCUUUUGCCAAGGCUUGUACUUUGUGACUGGUUCUUCCCAUGUUUGUUGUCAAGUUUCUUAAUUGCAUUCUUGUGGAACACUUUGUGUGUGCUGAAAAUUUACAUUAUUUAGUGGUCC